AUGAACAACAACAACGAGAUGGGUGAGGACCCAACGAGAUGGAUUCUGGAUCCUGUGGAAACUGAUGCAAUGGUGGAAGUGGGCAUGAUCGAGAGCGGUGAAAGAAAUGGAAGCUUCAAAAGGAGUGAAGAAGAGGGGAUUUCCAGGCCUGCUAUUAGGCUUGGGAGAAGGAAAUCCAAAGCCGAACGAGGGCUUAAGAGCUUGAGGUUUCUAGAUCGCUCUGUCACUGGCAAGGAAGCUGAUGCUUGGAGGGCAAUUGAGGGCCGAUUCCACCAACAUGCUAUCAACGACAGGCUUUUCAGAGACAAAUUUGGAGCCUGCAUUGGAAUGGGCGGAGAUUCAAAGGACUUUGCAGGCGAAUUGUUCGACGCAUUGGUGAGGAGAAGAAAACUCUGUCCUCAAAAUGGCAUUACAAUUGAAGAAUUACAGGGCUUUUGGGAAGACAUAACAAGCCAAGAUAUGGAUUUUCGCCUACAAAUAUUCUUUGAAAUGUGUGACAAAAAUGGUGAUGGGAAGCUUUCAGAGGGGGAAGUAAAGGAGGUGAUCAUUUUGAGUGCCUCAGCCAACAAGCUAGGCAAUCUCAAAAAGCAAGCAGCUUACUAUGCAUCUAUGAUCAUGGAGGAGCUUGAUCCUGACCAUCUUGGAUACAUAGAGCUCUCACAACUUGAAACUCUAUUAAGGGAAGUUAUGGUGUUUGAUCAAGACAACACCAAGAACAUAGCUAAGAAAACUACCACUCUUACAAGAGCCAUGAUUCCUAGACAAUACAGAACUCCGAUGAGUCGAGCGAUGUCGAGAACGACCGAGUUCAUCCACGACAAUUGGAAGAGGAUAUGGGUCAUGGUAUUAUGGAUAUCGAUAAACGUCGCGUUAUUCGUUUGGAAGUUUAAUCAAUACCAGCAAACAAAGGCAUUCAAAAUCAUGGGGUAUUGUCUUUGUGUUGCAAAGGGUGGAGCUGAGACACUCAAGUUCAAUAUGGCUUUAAUUUUAUUGCCAGUUUGUAGGAGUACACUCACAACACUUAGGUCCACAUCACUAAGCAAAAUCUUCCCUUUUGAUGACAAUAUAAACUUCCACAAGACAAUUGCAUUUGGCAUAGUGAUUGGGACUUUUCUUCAUGUGUUCAUGCACAUAUCCUGUGAUUUUCCAAGGCUAAUUUCAUGCCCAAGAGCCGAAUUUAUGAAACAUGUUGGGCCUAAUUUCAACUUUCAUCAGCCUAGUUAUAGAGAUUUGGUGAGAAGCACACCUGGGGUUACUGGGGUUUUGAUAUUGAUUAUAAUGAUCUUUUCAUACAUUUUGGCCACCCACAGAUUCAGAAGGAAUGUUAUUAAAUUGCCUUGGCCUUUCCACCAUUUGGCUGGCUUCAAUGCCUUUUGGUAUUCUCAUCAUUUGCUUGCUGUGGCCUAUAUCCUCUGCAUAAUCCAUGGCUACUAUCUGUUCUUAGCCCGGGAAUGGUACAAGAAGACGACAUGGAUGUAUUUAGUAUUCCCAAUGUCUCUGUAUGCGAGUGAGAGACUUCUAGCAUCAGUGAAUGAGCUGAAGCAUAACGUCGAUGUUAUUAAGGCAGUGAUAUAUACAGGGAAUGUUCUUGCCAUUUACAUGACGAAACCCCAAGGAUUUAGAUAUAAAAGUGGGAUGUAUUUCUUUGUCAAGUGUCCAGAUAUAUCAAGUUUUGAGUGGCAUCCCUUCACUAUCACUUCUGCACCAGGAGAUGAUUACUUAAGUUGCCAUAUUAGAACACUUGGAGACUGGACUGCUGAGCUUCAUAACAGGUUUGCACAGGUCUGUGAGCUUGAAAACACAAGAGCAAGAAAGGGAAAUCUCGUUAGAUUGGAAACAAAAGCAUAUGAUGACAACGGCUAUUCACAGCAAAGAUACCCAAGAAUUCUAAUCAAAGGCCCAUAUGGAGCUCCAGCACAAGAUUACAAAAAAUACGACAUCCUCUUACUCAUUGGCCUUGGCAUUGGCGCAACUCCAAUGAUCAGCAUUAUAAAAGAUGUUCUAAAUUCCAUGAAGCCAAAUCACAAUUACGAUGAACCAGUACACGAACUCUCUGUAGGCAGCGGUAGGUGCGGGCCUGAAAGAACAUAUUUCUAUUGGAUAACGAGGGAACAAGGCUCAUUCGAGUGGUUCAAAGGCGUUAUGGAUGAUAUCUCUGAGUAUGAUCGUAAUCAAGUAAUAGAAAUGCAUAAUUACUUGACAAGUGUUUAUGAGGAAGGAGAUGUGAGGUCUGCGCUUAUAACCAUGGUGCAAAAGCUUCAACAUGCUAGGAAUGGAGUUGAUGUUCUCUCCGAAAGUCGGAUAAGGACGCAUUUUGCUCGACCAAACUGGAGGAAGGUGUUCAUGGAGAUGGCAAGUAACCACAUGGCUUCGCGUAUAGGUGUGUUUUACUGUGGAAGUGCUACACUGACCCAAACGUUGAAGCAACUAUGCCAAGAAUUUAGUUUAAGUUCGACGACUCGGUUUCACUUUCACAAGGAGAAUUUCUAGAGCUAUUGAUUGAAUACAUCAUAUGAGUAGAAGAAAGAUUAGGAUUCACUUCUGAAUUUUCUUUGUUAUUCAUAUGUUGUGUACA